AGGCGUUUUUUGCGGCUCUGUCUGUUUGACCUGCUUGUGAUCGCCGCUGUGAAGGUCCGAACACAGCCGUAGAGGGAAGUGACGUCGAGUUAUCUCCUCCUUUGCGCUGCCACGGUAAAUAAAAUGAUGUUUUCGGGGAGGAUGUUUCGGAAACUCGGACCUGCUCUCAGACAUGCUGAGCGGCUGUCGGCUCUCAGGAACGCGCAGAUCCGCGCCUGUUCCUCCUCCACGUCUCCAACUUUACGCUUACUUGAAGACAGUCUCGAGCUCAACUACCGGGGGGCUCCGAUGCUUUUCAACUACGUGUGGCUGCGCGACCACUGCCGCAGCGCGUCCUCCUUCAACACCGCCACCAACCAGAGGAACGUGGACACCGGGAGUAUCGACCUCUCCAUCCGUCCCGUGCGCACGAAUCUGCAGGGCGACAACCUCAUCCUCACAUGGCCUGACGGCCACACGACAGAGUACAGCCUGGCCUGGCUGUUUGAGAACAGCUAUGAGAAACAGAAGCAGACGCCGGUGCAGCGCCGCAUCCUCUGGAACGCAGACGUCUACAACAAGGCACACGUACAGCCAGCCAAGUGGGAAAAGUUCAUGGAGACCGACGACGAGCUGAAGAAGUUUUUGCGAAACUAUCUUCUCUACGGUAUCGCGUUUGUCGACGAAGUUCCCAACACUGUGGAGGCCACGGAGGCCGUGACUCAACGCGCCAGCCUCAUCAGAGAGACUACAUAUGGGAAAAUGUGGUGCUUUACUUCGGACUUCUCCCGAGGAGACACUGCCUACAGCCAGCUGGCCCUGGACCGUCACACCGACACUUCUUACUUCCAUGAACCAUGUGGAAUCCAGGUUUUCCACUGCCUGAAGCACGAGGGCACCGGUGGACGGACGCUCCUGGUGGAUGGAUUCUACGCCGCAGAACAGCUGCGCCAGAAGUCGCCGGAAAACUUCGAGCUGCUCGCUCGUGUGCCCAUCCGACACGAGUACAUCGAAAACACCGACAGCCACAAGAACCACAUAACGGCGAUCGGACCCGUGCUCCAGGCGUACCCCUGGAACAACGAAGUGUACAUGAUGCGAUAUAACAAUUAUGACCGAUCGGUGAUGAACACAGUCCCUCCGGACGCUGUGCAGAGGUGGUACGUGGCCCAUCGAGAGCUGACCGCAGAGCUGAGGCGGCCGGAGAACGAGCUGUGGGUCAAACUCACUCCAGGCAAAGUGAUUUUCAUAGACAACUGGCGAGUCUUGCAUGGACGGGAGUCCUUCACCGGCUUGAGGCAGCUCUGCGGAUGCUACCUGACCAGAGAUGACGUCCUCAGCACCGCACGCUGUCUGGGCCUGGAGGGCUUGUCCUGAGUUCACCUCACUGACUCGUCACUUUGUGAAGUUUAA